AUGUGGGGUUUCCCCUUGAAGGAUGAGACGAGGGAAGAGAAAUUAGUUGACUUCGGUGAGGUGGAAGAGAGAAGAAGAGACACGAACACGAACGGAAGCAGGAGAAGAUCGAAGAGACGAAGUACAAGAAGGUCGAAAAGGAAGACACGAUCGAAAAGUGUUGUAGCUUGGCAAUGCAACUACAGUGACUGUUUGAUGAGAGGAAACACACACUUUAUUGUCCCUUCGGAAAGAUUUGAACUCUUACGAGAUUCGAAACAAUUCAUUAUGACCUACACCUACGGCACUCACACUGCAAAGCACACGUUCUGUAAGGUGUGUGGCAUAACCUCGUUUUACACUCGUCGAUCAAAUCCAGAUGGGGUAGCUGUUACAUUUAGGUGUGUUGAUCUUGGAACACUAACCCAUGUUGAGAUUAAGCAAUUUGAUGGACAAAAUUGGGAUGACUCAUAUAAUCUGACUGGCAUUUCAUUGUGUUCAAAAGAGGGGAAAUGAGAUCCCGCAGACAAAUUUUCCGUGUCUUUUAAAUUCCAGGUUGAAUACUUCUGCUGAGAUCAAAAUCUUGCCUUAUGAGCAAAGACUGAUUGAUCAAUUUGGGUGUAAUUUCUGGAUAAAAUUUCUUUUUCCUGUUGUUUUUGUCUAUGAAUUUUGUGUGGU